AUGACCAAAUGCUUGAUGAAAUACUUGACCUGUUUAAAUGUCCCAUAUGUCUUGAUAUAAUAAGUUAAGCUUGUAGAGUUAGGGAUUGUGGUCAUUUGUUUUGUAAGGAGUGCGCUGAAAGGUAUGCAAGAAAUUUCAAACCCUCUUAAUGUGCACUAUGUAGAAAUACCAUCUAAACUAGGAGAGACCUCAAAAUAGAUGACAAAGCGAAUCUUAUCAAUAAAUGACUCUGGGUUUUUCAAAUAACUUAUGAAUAAAAUGAGGGAUGAGCAAUUAAACAAGAUCCAAACAUAAAAUAAAAUCGAUAGAAUUUAAUAAAAUCUAAUGAUGGAUACAACUUUAAAAUCAGCUUGCAGUGUUAGCGACAAUUAAUUUUCAACAACCUCCAAUACAUAAUUAACACAUUAGCUUGAUCCAUAAAAGGAGGAAGAAUCUUCAGUCUAAGAGAUUUAACAAUUUUAGUAAAGAGACUAGUUUAUGAUCGAAAAUGAAGAUUAUGAUUAUAGCAGUUCAGAAUCAUUCCUUUUAACUAAUCAUCCAAGAUUCAUCAUAGAUCCUAAAGAUUUAAUUUAAUCUUAAGAUUCAAUCUUAAAUUUCACUUUGUAUCUUGCUCUGUAUCCUAAUCUCAAAGCUAAAAUUUUCCAAUCAAUGGAAACUAAAAAACUUGUGCUCUGUGAUAUCAACCUAAAGAUUAGAGAAUUAAAGGAAAUAAUAAGCAUUAUAUACAGGUAUCAUGACUUAACGAAGAAAGAGAUACGUAUAUACCUAGCUACUUAAAAUCAUCUUGAGGUAAAUUUACUGAAAUUUAAAUUUCUUAGGGUAAAGCUGAGCCACUGA